GGAGAGGGUGGCAUGAUUAUUAGUUUUUCAAAGCGUUUUGUUGCCUUUCAUCUUUUCCUUUAUUUCUUUCUCUUUCCUCGUCCUUGUCUGUCUGUCUGCUUGCCGAAAAUUUGUGUGCAGACAAACUACACCUUCGAAGUAAGCAGAGAAGAAUUCCCCCCACACAAAAAAGAAGGAAUUUUUGUAAGGAAAAGUUAAAUUGUUUCAAACCCUAGCUAGAGCCUCUACUCUCUGUUCAUCUCUGUCACUGUAAAUGGAGUCUUUAUCACGGCCAUCUCACAGACGGAAGCUCAACAGCGCAGCCAAUGGCGUCUCAUUUUCAGCGAAAAACGCGUACGACGACGUUUUCUCGUCCACCCCGAAGAAGCGAGGACCCGGACCGACCAGACCCGUCUGGGACUACGCUGAGAUUUUCGGGCCUUCCCGCGGGUCGUCCAUUCCGGUUCUUGAUCUUUCAGUUCUCGAGGACCGGGCCGGCGCGUCGGUGGAGGAUUUUCGGAGCUCUAAAAUUGAUUAUUCCAACAUUUUUGGUGGUUUUGCUGAUGAGGAUAUUGCUUUGCCUUACGAGGAUGUGAUUGCUAAAAGAGGAAAACAACGGUCUUCUAGUCAAGCUAAGACUCGUUCUCAAGAAUCCAAUCAUUUUAGUACUUCAAAUGAAACAAAUGAAGCCUUCACGUGUGAUUCUUCUUCUGAUCAAUCUUUUGAUGGGGAAAAGCGUGUUAACAUGUCCUAUAAUAAGACCAGCAUUCAAGGAACUGAAGAUGGUUUAAAUGGGAUGACACGUAUUGCUCAACUCCAUGCUGUUCCUGGAUUUACCUUUUUUAUAGACGAAACAGCCCGCCUAAAGACAACUGAUGGCAUUGAGCCACCACCACCAUCACCACCACCACCAUCACCACCACCACCAUCACCACCACUGCCGCCUCUACACGUGAAACAUGACAAGAAAAGCUUCAGUGGGGAGAUAGCCAAAAGCUAUAGUUUGGAUGGAUUCAAUUUCAGCGGUAAUCUAUCUAAUCCCGAGUCAGUUCCAUCUAAAGUGACUAACCCUCCAAGUUCAUUGGAUGAUGAAACCAAUCUUCGUACACAAACAAAAUCCAAAUCCAAACAGGGUGUAAACUCAGCAUCACCACUUUCUUCUGAUGAGGAGCUUGAUGUGAAUUCAGAUGCAGCUGUUUCUGCUGCUGCUCUGAAGAGGGCCAUGGAGAAGGCUCAAGAGAGUAUAAGGCUGGCGAAAGAGCUCAUGGAAAGAUACAAAGAGGGUAUUCCAGGUCAUCAAAAGCAGCGGAGUUCUAAAGUUGGGGAUGAUAAACAGGAUUGUAUAAAAGGGAACAACUCGAAGAAUAUGAAGGGGAAAAACACUGAUUCUCCUAACCAUCAUGCAAUUAGAAAUGGUGAUAUUGCUUCGUGCCUCAAACAAUGUGAGGAACUCUCUAUUAAUGGGGACCAUAAUUCUGAAACUUUGUUUUUUGAAAUGUUAAAUGCCACAAAACACGAAAAGUGGACCGUUACAUCGCAGCAUGGGAAGAAAAAGAAUAAGGAUACGAAGGUAAUAUCUGAAAAGGGUCCUGAUCCAAGGGGCAAAGAGUUUUCUGGAAGAACUGGACAGCUGGGGGUAAAUGUGAGAAACUUAGAUUCAGAGGAGCAGGCGGUUGCGUCAGUGAAGAUGAAUGUCCUCCACGGGUCGUGCAUUCCGGUUCUUGUUAUGGCCAAACCAGGAAAAAGUGAAAAUAUGAAUGUCAAUAAUGAAUUUGAACUCAGUAAGGAGAGAGGUGGGUCUUCUAAUGAUUUGGAGAAUCUGGAGAAAAUGCAAGAUAAUGAUAAAGAUGAAAACUUUAUGGCCCAAGAGCUGGAAAAUGAUGCUCGAGACGAUGGAUUUGAGAAACCAUCCAAAAGUGAGAAGGAAAAGCUGGAGCAUGUGGAAUGUGAUGAGCUGCAGAAGGAAGUAGAAGUUGUUCCUAACUGUGAAAAAAUAACCAGGAGAGUACGGAAGACGUGGAACAAAAGAGAAACUGAGUUUGAACAUAGAGGAAAUGGAAUUGAUUUUUGGUUUGAGAUUGAAGAAAGCUGUGAGGGCAGUCACCAAGUUUUUCAAGUAGGGGGAAAAGACGGAGUGAGAUCAAAUAGAGUUGACAUGCCUGACAUUAAUGUUUCCAAAGAAACAGAGAGACUAGAUGAAGAUCAUGUAAGGCAAUCGGAUGAGGUUCAAGAGCCUGAAACACAUGCACUGGAAAGCUCUGAGAAGAAGACUGAUGAAGAAGAAGAACAUGCAAGAGUGGAGGAGAGUGUUCAAGAGAUUUUCACCGAUGAGGUAAGUGAUUGUAUUCAGAUUGAGAAGACUGAUGAAAGGCAUGAAAAUCAACAUAUUGAAGCAAAUAAAGCUGCUGGAGAAGAAAGUGAGUAUGUAGAAGUAGAAACUGAUACAGAUGAUGAAUAUCAGGAUAUAAAUUUAACUCAAAGUGGGGAUGAAGAAUUUGAGAGUAAAGACAAAGAAUAUCAGGAAAGCACUGUAAUCCUCAACCGGGAAGAAGAAACUGCAUGUGCGCAAAGUGGGGCCAAUGAAGUUACACUUGAGGCUGAAGAUGAGGUGAAGACUCACCUGACUUCUGCAUCUAAUAGCGGUGAAAGUUGUAGUUUACAUGAGAUUGGAGAAGAAUGCACAUCGCCAACAAAAGAAGUCAGUUUGGAAACAAAUGAACAGAAUAUAUCUUAUAAAGAGAAUGAGGGACUGCAGGGGAUAACUGAUAUUUUCUCCAAGGAACCCGGCAGUAAUGGUGGCCUUCAAAGUGCUCACGAAAGUGAUAUAUGCCAGGAUGAGCAGAAUGAAAGGCAAGACACUAGUGAUGACCUUUACUGUGAUGCCUCUGGAGAAAGUAUUGCUUCUAUGGCGCAUGAGCAAGAAAUUCCAAAUGAGAAGGAAGGUUCCAGAACAGAUAGUUUGAUUCCUGAGAAUCUAAUUCAAACACAUGAAAGUGUUGAAUUUGAAAAAGAUGGUAUGGCCAGUAACACACCUGAUGAGAAUGUCAUUGGAUGCAAUUCAGAUGAUGAGCCGAAGAUCCAAACUCCUGAAGAAGUUAUAGGCCUCGGAGAACAAAUAAUUUCAGAGAAUGGUAAAGAAUCAGAGUUUCCUUCCAAUGCUUUCAAUGGAGAGUACUGGAGAGUAGACGAAUCUGCAGGGGACGAUGAAACCAUCAAGGAGGCUGAUUCCGUCUAUGAUGAUGAAGCAUAUAAAGAAUUUGUAGCCAUUGGUAAAGAAAGCAGCCCUGCUGUGAAUCAGAAGGAACAGGAACCUUCUCAUGUUCCCUUGACCAAAAAUGAAGAAUCUACAGUUGGUUAUGAAGAAGACAAGAAAAUCGCUGUCCCUGAGGAGCAUGAAGUUAAAAAAUCUGGGGGGAAAGGUGGGGGAGAUAAUAAAGAUCAAUACAGUAAAGUUGGAGUGGACAAGAAAGAAAGAGAGCGUGACCGAGAAAGAAUAGUUGUGGAAAGAGCCAUCCGUGAAGCUCGCGAGAGAGCAUUUGCUGAGGCCCGCGAAAGGGCUGCUGUGGAAAGGGCAACAGCUGAAGUUCGACAGAGGGCAAUGACUGAAGCAAGGGAAAAGGCAGGAAAGUCUUCUUCUUCUUCUGCUGGAAACAACAAACAGUCAGUUGGAAAAGCUUCUUCUGAAGCAAAGCUUAGAGCAGAACGUGCUGCUGUGGAGAGAGCCACUGCUGAAGCACGUGAGCGUGCUUUAGAAAAGGCUAUGUCGCUCAAGUCCACUGCUGAAGUUAAAGUAGUGGCUGAAAAACUUGGUGGUAAUACAAAGUAUUCUGGUGCUUCUUCUCAAGAAAAUGGAUUGAAGCAUUCUCUGUCUUCUUCUGACUUGGAGAGGAUUAGCGCAACCAAUGGAUCAGCUCAGAGGCGUAAAGCGAUACUGGAAAGGCACCAGAGGAUAACAGAACGAGCGGCAAAAGCUUUAGCAGAGAAGAACAUGCGUGAUCUUCUAGCUCAGAAAGAGCAAGCAGAGAGAAAUAGACUAGCACAAUCAUUGGAUGCUGAGAUCAAGAGAUGGGCUAGUGGGAAGGAAGGGAACCUGCGAGCACUUCUUUCUACUCUCCAAUAUAUCCUUGGACCUGAUAGCGGUUGGCAACCAAUCUCUCUCACUGAGAUCAUAACCACAUCUGCGGUAAAAAAAGGUUACAGGAAAGCUACUCUUUGUGUUCAUCCUGACAAAUUGCAGCAAAGGAGAGCAAGUAUUCAGCAAAAGUACAUAUGUGAGAAGGUUUUUGACAUGCUCAAGGCUGCAUGGAACAAGUUCAACUCUGAGGAGAGGUAAAAAUGAAGGUGGCAGGGGGGUUAACUAGCUAUCCUACACAUUUCCGCGGGCAAUUCUUUUUCCAAAAGGGGGAAUGGAAUCCAGAGUCCAAGGCGUCUUGUCGUAUAUUUACAUUAGAUUAGAUUAGAUCAACUUAGAGAGCAUUUAUUUAACUAUUCUGUAGAAUCAUGUAGCUAGAGACUUUAAGUUGAUCGACUCUCAUUAUUUGGGAAGAUGAAAUCAUUGUUUCAACUAGCCAAACCCAUGUUGAUGUGUAUAUUAAGAGCAUCUCCAAAGGGGGCUAUUUCCAAAUCCUAAUGUUAUUAUGAAUUGUUAUUAUUGUGAAAAAAGAGGACAAAACACUAUUAAAAAUAGAUGGAUUAUCUUUGACUCCCUAUAUCUAGAGCAGUAUUCUCUCGUU